AUGAGGUUCUUCCGUCCGGUUCUUAUCGCGGUGUUGGCUCUCUUCGUGCAGAACACUGAGGCCUUUACGGUCAAAUCGGCUCCCGGCCUUGCUGCCGGCACGACAGGCGGCGGUAGUGCCACCCCGGUGUACCCGACAACGACUGCACAGCUCGUUGCGUAUCUGAAGGACGCAGUCCCCCGCGUUAUCGUGCUGAACAAGACGUUCGACUUCCGUGGUACGGAAGGCACCACGACCGAGGCUGGAUGCCGUCCGAACUACACCCGCCAGUGUAUCGCUAAGAACAACGGCUACAAGAGCCAGGAUGUCAUUCUGCAGGGCGGCGGCAUGGCUAACACCGGCGGCAGCAAUAAGACUCUGCGCGGUAUCGGCACGGCAGGUGUGAUCAUCGGCAAGGGUCUGUGGCUAAACGAAGACAACAUUAUCAUCCAGAAUGUCCACAUCACGGAGCUCAACCGCCACCUGGUUUGGGAUCUGGCUGGACCACGUCAAGGUGUCCCGUGUGGGCCGUCAGUUCCUCACGACGAACGCCGCCAGUGUGUCUACGAUGACCAUCAGCAACUCGGACUUUGA